CAUUCUGAACUUGGUACGGGUAUUAGGUUGGAAGAUGUGCAUGCUUUGAAUGAAUAUUGGGAACAAGCACGAAAAUUAUAUAGCUGCUUUGAGUCUGGAGUUUUAAGUGGUGAUUCUUCAGUGUAUGAACAUGAAAUGCCUGGUGGUCAAUACACAAAUUUAAUGUUCCAGGCUUCACAGUUAGGUCUUGGUAAACAAUGGAAAGAAAUCAAAAAAGCUUAUGCUGAAGCCAAUAAAUUAUGUGGUGAUAUUAUUAAAGUGACGCCUAGUUCAAAAGUUGUAGGAGAUUUUGCUCAAUUUAUGGUCACUAACAAAUGGUCUUUUAACGAUGUCAUUGAGAAGUCAAAAAAUAAUACGUCAUUCCCGGUUUCAGUUGUAGAAUUUUUCCAAGGUUAUCUAGGACAACCAUGUGGUGGAUUUCCUGAACCACUUCGCUCAAAUAUUAUCCGUGAUCUCCCGCGAAUUGAUGGACGACCCGGUGCAUCAAUGGAACCUAUGGAUCUUGAUAAGCUUAAAAAGGAGUUGAUAGCUAAAUAUGGUCGGUCCAUUCGUGGUGUUGAUAUAUCUUCAGCAGCAAUAUAUCCAAAAGUAUUUGCAGAAUAUCGGGAACAGCUUGAAAAAUUUGGUGAUGUCUCAGUAAUUCCAACAAGAUAUUUCUUGUGCAAGCCUGAGAUUGGCGAAGAAUUUUGCAUAAGUCUCGAAGAAGGUGUUACCCUAAUUAUAAAGUUUUUAGCUAUUGGGCCUCUAGAUACAACUACUGGAAAGCGAGAAGUAUUCUUUGAUUUAAAUGGUGAAACUAGAGCUGUUGGUAUAGAUGAUAGAAGUGCCGCUGUUGAACAUGUUCAUCGUAAGAAGGCUGAUCCAGGAAAUCCUGGUGAUGUUGGAGCACCAAUGUCUGGAGUAGUGAUUGAAAUUAGGGUGCAUGAAGGAGCUGAGGUUAAAGCUGGGGAUCCGAUAUGUGUUCUUUCAGCAAUGAAGAUGGAAACUGUAGUUUCAUCGCCUGUUUCUGGUAAAAUUGAUCAUGUAGAAGUUAAAGAAAGUGAUUCAUUAUCGGCAGGAGAUUUAAUAGUUAAAAUCAUUAA